AUGGCUGAAAAGGAAAAUCUAAGGCUCAAAUUCGGUAGACCAGGUGUUGAUACAUGUGUACAGCAUGAAAUAGAUUCUCCUGUUGUCCAGAUAUUAUUUUUAGUUAACGAGGGGGCCUUAGUAACAGUUUGUGUUGAUGACAGUAUUCAUCUUUGGAAUAUUCGACAAAAGCAGCCAGAAAUUGUGCAUACUCUCAGGUUUCAAAAAGAACGGAUCACAUAUGCUUGUCUCCCCUUUCAUAGUAAAUGGUUAUACAUUGGCACUGAGCGAGGAAAUGUUCACAUUGUCAAUGUGGAAUCUUUUGUUUUAUCUGGCUAUGUCAUAAAUUGGAAUAAAGCAGUUGAAAUUUCUAGAAAGUCACAUCCUGGAAUUGUAGUCCAUUUAAGUGACAAUCCUGUUGAUCCAAACAAGCUACUUAUUGGAUAUGAAAGUGGCACUGCUGUGUUAUGGGAUUUAAAGAAUAAAGCUGCAGAUUGUCGAUUUCAGUGUACAGAGCCAUUAAAAAGUGCUUCCUGGCAUCAUGAAGGAAGACAGUUCAUGUGCAGUUAUGGUGAUGGAAGCCUUAAAACGUGGAACAUAAAAAAUUCAGCCAAGCCUGAAUCUGUUAUGUAUCCCCAUGGUAUGCUUAAAUAUUUUACUGCGUUUUCAUUUUUUAUGCAAAGUUUGUGGCAUUGGAUGCAGAAUUAAAAAAUGUAUGAUAUUUGACAAAUGUGAAGAAAUUUCAGUACUUAUUUAUUUUAUUCAGUGUGUAAUAAAAUAUGAUUUAGGAUGUGUUAAAAGAGUGGCAGCAAUUGAACUGUAUUAUGUUUAUUUUGGCUUCUAAAUGUUAUUUCAAGUGGUUGGCUACUUUACAGAAAGAGCAAUCAUAUUAACUAGCUAAUAUUUUAGAAAAAGGUAUUCAUAUAAGCCUUUGCUUUACAUUACAACUCCUAUCCAUAUAUGAGUUUUCCCCCAAUUAUUAAGCAUUGCCGUUUGUGUUUGUACUUCUUUCAAUGGUUAAGAAAUCAUUCUUGUAAACUGUAGUUUGUGAAAAUAAACAUAGUUGAAGUGUA